AUGAGUACGGAGGACGUGCCUUCCCUUAGCGACCUUCCGGAUGACGUCAUUCUUGUCAUUUUGAAUCGAGUCGGCGACGUCAAGUCGCUCGGCGCGUGCGCUGCAUCUUGCCGUCGGCUGCGCGCCUGUGUGCCACGUGUCAGCACGGCUGUGGUAUCCGUCGACAAUCUUCUAAAGGCGGGAGCGGCGGCCGACACUACAGGACCCGCCGCCUGCUGCUCACUCGCAGAGCUGAGCUUUGAGACGCAUUGCGAGUUCUCUCUCGACCGAGAGGCAUCGCUGCAUUGGUACGCAGAUUUCAACGAAACGCUCUCCUCCUGCGCCAUCGUUGCAGCUGACUCCAUCUCCCUCCUCUCCGAUCCCACCCCCAUCCCUCAUCUUCCCUCGCCCACGUCUUCCGCCCCCACCUCAUCCGCCUCCCCUCCCCCUUCCACUCCUGCUUCUCACUCCCCUCCUCCUUCCACUCCACCUGCUCCCCCCCCUCCCACUUCUCCCGCCCCCCCUCCUCCUCCGCCUCUCUCAUGCCCCCACCAAGAUACAUCCCUGUCAAACCGCCGGCCUUCACCCCCAAGCCCAGGCCCAUCACGGCGCCCAUCACCAUAUCCCCAUUCCACGCCUUCUCUCCCAUCCGCGUCGAUCCGAUAUCCAACCCCAACGUCCCCCACAUCGUCCUGCUUCCCCACCUCAUCGGCCCGGCGUCAGCCAUUCCGCCCUCCCCCCAUCCGCCUGACACCAAACGGUCUCAAGGAGCGCAUUGCAUGGACCAUCAGUGCUGCUGUGGCGGCCUCGGCACGGCAUGAGCUGCUGAGGCGCAUUGCAAGGCACCUGCCGGAGCUGAGGCAGGUGGCCAUUGCUGACUUGCAAGGCCAAGGCAGCCUCUCACUUGGACCUGAACAGCUGGCUUGUUUACGCAAAGCGGAAGCGGAAAAUGCAUCUGGGGAGCAUUCCAAUCCCUACUCCCCUCGCACCCCGCUCCCGACGUUAAAGAUGCUUCUGUGGCACGCACCGUCACUAUCAGUGGGUGAUAUGGAGCUUACGGGUGCCACUCUUGUCAUUUUGCGGAAUGAAGCAUUGAAGGUGACAAAAGCUGGUGGUGAGCUGGAAGGGAGCUUGGACCCUGGCACUGCUGAAAGCCUGCACAAUUCUUCGCACGAUCAGAUGGGUGGAGUGGAGUGCCGAGGUGAGAUUGCGGAAAGGAGAGAUGCAGAACAUUGCCUGCAAUCUCUUUUGGCAUCUUCAGAUCCGCUUCUUCAUGCAAGCUUGGAGCUGUUGCAGCUUUCACAAACUCAGCGGUUUGAAUUUAGUGCUUUUUAG